AUGGAAAUAAAGGAUGCCUCGAGUACAGCUGUUCUUGAAGUUCUUGAGAAAGAUAAUUAUGUGGCUUGGAGUGUUCGGGUGAAAACCUAUUUGAUGGCUCAAGAUCUCUGGGAAGUUUCAUGCGGGCCGGACGCAUUGUCUGAGAUUAGGGAGACCAGUUCGGCUAAAAGUGCAUGGAAUAUUUUGGCAGAAAAGUACAACGUCUCUAAGAAUACUAACUCAGUUGUUCUUCAAGUUCUUGAGAAAGAUAAUUAUAAGGAAUGGAGUGUUGGGGUGAAAACCUAUUUGAUGGCUCAUGACCUUUGUGAAAUAAUUGAAGCAACCACCGAACCUCCAAAACAAGAAGAUGAUGAAGCUGCUUUUAAGGCUUGGAGUAAGAAGAAUUCCAUGGCCUUACAUGUUAUCCAAAUUUCAUGCGGACCAAACACAUUUUCUAAGGUUAUUGAGAUUAGUUCCGCAAAAAUUGCUUGGGAUAAGUUGGCAGAAGAAUAUAACUUGCCCAACUCAGGCAGCGACAACAAUGGGAACGUUGACCAUGUUCUUCGACAUGAGGCCUUAAACAAGGCAGUGCGUAGUGGUGAUUGGAACACUGCAGAGGAGUUUCUAAACGGCAAUCCCGGUGCAGCAAGGGCACAAAUCACACUUUUUGGCGAGACGGCUCUUCACGUCGCUGUUAAUGGAGGGCAUGAAGAUAUAGUGGAGAAGUUGGUGGAUUUAAUGUCGGAGCAAGACAUGGAAAUACUUAAUAGCUUUGGUAACACAGCUCUGUUUAAUACAACUGUUGCUGGAAACUACAGGAUGGCAGCGUGCAUGGCUAGAAAGAACAGCAACUUGCUCAGCAUUAUAGAUAAUCAGGAUAAACAAAUUCCGGUUGUUAAGGCUAUUUUCUAUGGGCAUAUAGAAUUGGCUCGCUAUCUCUAUUCUCUCACUCCACGGGAUGAUCUAACACCAGAAAAAGGCGUCCACGGGGCUACACUUUGUACCCAGGCUAUAUAUACCAGAAAUUUAGGUAACAACCAACUCUUCGCCUAA